UCCUUCGCACUUCCUUAAACUGUCACGGUGGCGGAUUUUUUAGAAAGGAAUAUCUACUUACUGCUCAUUCAAGGUGCGUCUUUGGUCCUCUGUCCUCAUGACUCGGGUCUUCGUUUACGGCACUCUGAAGAAGGGGCAGCCCAACAACUACCGCAUGUUCGACAGCAACAAUGGAAAGGCCGAGUACCUGGGUUCGGCGUUCACCUCCCAGAAAUACCCGUUAGUGAUCACCACCGAGGACAACAUCCCUUUCCUGCUCAACAUCCCUGGCCAGGGUCACCGAGUGCACGGGGAGAUCUACAAAGUGGAUGACCAGAUGCUGAAAUUCCUGGACGAUUUUGAAAGCGUCCCAACGUUGUACCAGCGGACGGUGGUCCAGCUGGAGGUGAAGGAGUGGGUGGGGAAGAUGGAAGGA